UUUUCGAGGAUACAUGGGGUUGUCAAUUCGCAAAGGAUGGAUGUAAAACUGAAGCUGCCAAAGUUAUACCAGUAUGAUGACUUCGAUGAGUGCCGAAAAGGAAACCCUUUUUACCAAUACUGUGUGGUGCGUACCGUUAUAUAUCCGGAUGAAAGUUCAGAAAUAUGGCGAAACAUUAGUCUACUUUCGGCAAAUUCCCUCAACUUCCCGCGCGAUCAGCUUGAACGCGGUGUUUGCGUACAAAACUGCCUGCGACGGAUUUCGGAGGCCACCGGACAAAUCUACAAAGGCGGCGAUUUGGAUCGUCAAAUCAACUAUGUCGGCCAAUGUGUCAACAGAGAAAUCUAUGAAUCACAUCGGCUGCUUGGGUCAUCGACAGUCUUGCACUGCCUCUCAGAGGAUGAUUUUCAACGAGAGUUCAGUUUUAACGAAAAAUGUUUUCUCGGAUUAACGGCAGUGCUGAUUUUACUAGUAAAAAUCGCCACAGUGCGCGAUUUUCGCGGAAUUGAAGGAAGAUUCGAUCGCCUUCUGAAACCAUUUGCUCUGAACCGCAGCAUUAAAGCAUUGCUGGAUAUUAAUAGAUCCAAUGAAAAUCUUCAUUAUUUAGAAGGCCUGCGUGCCAUUGGCAUGCUCGUGAUCCUUCUUGUGCAUGCAUCAUUACCGAUAAUUCGGAUGCCAUUAAGCAAUCCGGAAGAUGUGGAAGAGCAAACCAACCACCCAUCAUUUCCCAUGUGGAACUCAUUCAACACGCACAUGAUUCAGUUUUUCUUCACCCUCGGAGGAAUGGUGCUGGCCGUCAGUUUCCUGAAUCACAUCGAUCGGCAACCGAACUUUAAUUAUCGUUAUCUUUGGAAGAAACUGCUGAACAGAUUGAGCCGAAUCAUUCCGGCAUAUGCAUUUUUAAUUUUCUAUCAAGCAACAUUAUUCAAACGCACCAAACAAACGCCGGUGGCGGCAAAGUUUAUCGAUUACUGCAGUGAACACUGGUGGGGAAACCUUCUGUUCAUCAACAACCACAUUCAUUUGGAUGAACCGUGCAUGAAAUUUGGCUGGUAUUUGGGGGCGGAUUUUCAACUAUUCCUCAUGGGCCUGGCAAUUAUGGCAUUGAUUUGGCGAUUCCCUGGCAGUAAAAAGACAUGCGUCACUGUACUGAUUUUGAUUGUUUUUCUACUUCCAGGAUAUGUAAUUUACACAGAAGAAUUAGAUUCAACCAUGAAUUUUAAUAUGCGAGACGCGCUUGGCGAGCUACGGGAAAGCAAAUUUUUCCUGGAAUUUUACACCCCAGCAUUAACGAACGUUGGAUCAUAUUUUUUUGGAAUCAUAACCGGAAUUGUGUAUCACUCGAUUGUUCGAAAUAACCUUCAGUUGAAGGUGCAAUUUUAUGGGCCAAAAGUUUUACGAGCUGGCUUGGUUGCACUCUGCAUUCUGAAUGGAUUUCUUGUUGUUCUGCCAUCGAUGGUGCCGAAAAAACCGUCAUUAUUUUUGGCAGUUUAUGGAACAGCUCUGAAAUCCAGCUUCGGAAUUGUUUAUUCAAUACUGUUCUGUUAUUUUGGUUGCAAAUCGAACUCUAUUUCCGUAGCCUUUCUCGAACAUCCCGUACUGCAGGUGAUUGGAAGAUUGAGUUACAGUAUCUAUAUUGUUCAAUAUUCAGUAAUAUAUACUUUAUAUUCUAAUAUGAAAGUGCCCAUCAUGUACAAUGCUUUCAAUAUGUUUUUCAUCUCAGCCGCAAUUGUGACGAUGACGUUUGUGUGUGGCAUUAUGCUGCAUUUGGUCAUGGAGAUACCUUGCCAUUCUGUAUUGAAACAAAUAAUCGAUGGAAAAAUAUCUGUGAUAAACCUAAUCAAACCGUUAGAUAAAGUAAAAUGA